AAAGGGAUAUUUAUUAUCCAGAGUGAAAAUUCCAGCUUGUGCAUUACAGUGGACAGAGCUGGCCUUGUUCUGGAAGACUGCGGUCAGCUCUCAGAAGAGAUGUUAUGGAAAUGGGUAUCCAACCAUCGUCUUUUCAACAUAGGCAGCAGCACCUGCCUGGGGCUGAACAUCAGCAAACCAGAACAGCCACUAACUAUGCUGGAAUGUGACUCAACUCAAUACUCAUUAUGGUGGAACUGUGCUGGAAAAGCGUUAGUUGGGGUAUCAGAGUACAAAUUAGCGGUUGAAAACAGAAAACAUAUUGUGGCCAAAAAAAAAUCUACUUGCCAAUGGAAACAGUAUAUGUCCUAUGAUGAAGACAUUUGUGAACACCCUUUUCAAGAAACAUACACCUUGCAGGGAAAUUCUUUCGGUUUCCCAUGCGUUUUUCCAUUUAAAUUUAACAACAAGUGGUAUUAUGAGUGUACUAGAGAUGGAAAGGAAUCUGAGUGGUGUGCCACAACAACUUACUAUGAACAAGAUGAAAAAUGGGGUUUUUGCCCAAAUGCUGAGAGUGGCUGUGACAUCUUUUGGAAGAGGAACCCCAACACACACGUCUGCUACCAGUUCAACCUCGCGUCCAUGCUGAGCUGGCGUGAGGCUCGGGCUGCCUGUCAGCUGCAAGGAGGGGACCUGCUCAGUGUCACUGACCCCGAGGAGCAGAACUACAUAAGUAACUUAAGCAGGCAGUUGAAUUCCACAGACCUUGUUCUGUGGAUGGGCCUGAAUCGCCUGGAUGAAGACGCUGGCUGGCAGUGGUCAGAUGGAGCACCACUAAUGUUUGUGAACUGGAGAGCAAAUGUCUCUGAUAAGCGUUUUAAAGAAAAUCAUUGUGCAGUGAUUAAUCCAAGAUUGCAGUAUGGCUGGAACACAUAUCUAUGUGAAUCUGGAUUGCCUUUUGUAUGCAAAAAAUAUUUAAAUAAGACAGAGCAUGAAACGCUGGAUACAUGGAAGUAUUAUGCCACUCGUUGUGAUGUUGGUUGGUACCCGCACAACCAGAACUGUUACAGACUUCAUAAAGAGGAGAAGAGCUGGAACGAUGCUUCUCUCUCAUGCCAAAGUGAAAACAGCAGGCUUAUCAGUAUAUCCUCCAUGGCAGAUGAAGAGCUGCUCGUUAACUUGCUUGAAAGUGAAAAUGUAACAGAGACAUGGAUUGGAUUAUACAGUUAUGACAUACCUGUUGUUUUUGAGUGGUCAGAUAACACCCCAGGAAAAUUCUCUAACUGGCACAGACAAGAACCUAACACCUUUCAAAGGACAGGACAACUCUGUAUUUCAGCACAAGGACCUGAGGGACAUUGGAGGAUUAAAAACUGUGAAGAAAAAUCUUUUUAUAUCUGCAAAAAAGCAGGGGAAUAUAAUAGUGUCUCUCCUGAACUAGAAUCAAGUUGUCCAGAGGGAUGGGAAAGACAUGGUGGAUAUUGUUACAAAAUCGACAGUACCCCUCGAAGUUUUGAACAUGCUUCCAGUGGUUAUUUCUGCCCAUCUGCACUUGUAUCAGUAACAAACAGGUUUGAACAAGCUUUUAUCAACAGCAUGAUCCGCAGCAUAGCAGAAUCGGAGAGAACUUAUUUUUGGAUAGGAUUGCAAGACCUUAACAACACAGGAGAAUACUUUUGGCUAAGUCCAGCAGGAAGGAAUCUCUCUGUGAGCUACACAAACUGGAACAAGUACCAGCCACGUCAUUCUGGAGGAUGUGUAGCUAUGAGAGGGAAGCACCCCCUUGGUUACUGGGAGGUGAAAAGCUGUAAGAACUUCAAAGCAAUGUCAUUGUGCAAGCAAAAAGUCAAUUCUUAUGAAGAACCAGAACUUACUUUUCAAAAAUACUCAAGUUCCUGCUAUUUUGGAUGGGAGUCAGAACCUAAUCUGCUCAGCUGCUAUAAGAUAUUUCACAAUGAAAAAGUUCUCAUGAGAAGAACAUGGGAUGAAGCAGAAGCAUUAUGUCAAGAUUUUGGAGCCCAUCUUGCUAGUUUCAGCCACAUCUAUGAAGAGACAUUUUUAAACAAUCUACUAUAUACAAUUUUUGAUAGAACAGAAGAAAGACAGUUCUGGAUUGGAUUUAAUAAAAGAAAUGCACUUUCUGGAGGGACGUGGCAGUGGUCUGACAGAACACCUGUUGUAUCUUCGUUUUUGGAGGACAAGUAUGUUGAAGAUGACUCAAGAAACUGUGGUGUGUUCAAAGUAAACAGAACAGUCUUUCCAGCCCACUGCAAUGAAAAGCGUGAAUGGAUAUGCAAAAUACCAAAAGGCGUCAAACCAAUGAGUCCAGUUUGGUACACAGCUGAGCUGCCCUGGUCAUAUUAUCAAGGAGCAGAAUAUCUUUUCCAUGUCAGCCCUGCAGAAUGGGAAACCUGUAAGUUUGUCUGUAGCUGGCUUCGUGGUGGAUUGGCAAUAAUAAACGCUUCUGGUGAACAAACCUUUAUUCAAAAUAAAAUAAGGAAGCUGUCGAAUAGUGAUGUCCACUGGUGGAUUGGAUUGCACGCAGAAAACCUCAGUGAUGAGUUUUGCUGGACAGAUGAAUCACCAGUAACAUACCAGAACUGGGAUGAAGGGAGGGAAAGAGAUCUGCAGAAACCAGGGAAAAGAUGUGGCUUCAUUUCAUCCCAAACAGGGCUCUGGGGUGAUGGAAACUGUACUGUUUCUCUUCCCUGUAUUUGUAAACGUGAAAUUCCAAAGAAGAUAGAGAAAGAGAUUCCAAAAGACCCGAACCAAGAAGGAGUAUGUCCCAAAGGCUGGUUGCACUUUGGAUUCAAAUGCUUUUUAAUACAAAUUCCAAAGGAUCCAGAACAUCUGAGAAACUGGUACUCUGCACAAGAAUUCUGCAGUAACUAUGAUGGGUCACUUGCUAUCCUAGAAGAUGAACUGGAGCAAGCUUUCAUAACAAUGAAUCUAUAUGGGUGGAAAACUAGUGUUUGGAUAGGUUUCCAGAGUGACGAUUAUGAAAAACAGUUGAAUGAAAAUCCUCAAAUGUAUUCCAACUGGUCACCAGUUGAAGUAGUGGAUAGACAGCAUUUUAACAUUCAAGAUCAACUUCCACUGUGUACAUUGGUAUCAAAUAACCCUAAUUUUUAUUUUACGGGGAAAUGGUACUUAGAAAACUGUCAGAAAAAUUAUGGGUUUGUCUGCCAAAAGACUCAGGACACAUCCAGACAUGUUAUCAAUGCAUCUGAUACGUAUCCUGUGCCAGAUACUUUAGAAUAUGGAAACAGAAUGUAUAAACUAAUAAGUGGGAAUUUUACAUGGUCCUCAGCUUUGCAAGCCUGCAUGGCAAACAGUGGGGAGCUGGUGAGCAUUACAGACCAGUACCACCAGGCUUUCCUCACAGUCAUCGUCCAUCGCCUGGGAUACAACCACUGGAUCGGGCUCUUCACUUCCGACAACGGGCUUAACUUUGAAUGGUCAGAUGGGACCAGAUCUUUGUUUACCUUCUGGGAAGAUGACGAGUCCCGGGCCUUUGGCAGCUGUGUUUACAUUGAUACUUCAGGGCACUGGAAAAGCGCAAAUUGUGAACAAUUUCUGCAAGGAGCAGUUUGCCAUGUGCCACCUAAAAAGAAACUCAAUUCCUAUAAAGGCUUAUGUUCAGAAAAAACUGUACCCUGGAUCAAAUUCAAAAACAGUUGCUACAGCUUUUCCACAGUUCUGCAGGGCAUGAGUUUUGAUACAGCAUAUGAGGUCUGCAAAAAUCAAGGAUCAAAUCUUCUGACUAUUCAAGAUGAAGAUGAAAAUGCCUUCAUUUUGGAGGAGUUACACAGUUUUGGUUAUUCUGUACAGAUGGUUUGGUUGAACAUUCUGCUUGUUACAGACAAUGAGACAAUCUCCUGGUUUGAUGGUUCUCCAUUUAAUUAUUCUAACUGGGGCAUCAGAGAGCCUGAAUUUGAUCAUCUCAAAGGGAAUUUCUGCAUCAGCUUGAGGACCACAGAUGGAGUCUGGCAAUUAUCUCCAUGCAGAGAAAAAAUGGGUUUUAUAUGUAAAAUGGAUGCAGAUAUUGAUACGACAGAAUCCUCUGAAAAAGCAUCAUACAGUGGGCUUGUAGCUCUGGCUGUUCUUGUGACUUUGGUGAUGUUGGCUGCCAUUUCCCUUUUCCUGUGGUGCCUGCACAAAGAGAAUAACCAACUCUUCCGCAGGAUACUGUGGGUCAGAAAUGCCUAUUUGCCACAGAUUAAUGCUGACAGUCCUGCUCUGGAAGAAAGCAUCCUCAUUUCUGACUUUGAGAGAAGUGAGAACAAUUAAUUAAUCAGAAGUAGCAAGUGGUCUUGUCUUCUGUGUGAAACUUCACAACCUCCAGUGGUUUUCUCGUUCUCAGGAGUCCCUCAAGUGCCCAUACCCUGAGAAACCCUCAUGACCAUCAGUAUCAAUGCAGGAGGAGCUCCCUACCCUGGAGAGCAUUUGUGGCAGGAAGAGAGGAGGAUGCAAGACAGAGCCAUGGAGAAAUUUUCUUCUCUGGGUCAAGCCAGGAGCUGGAAUUACUCAGAGACCAUAAACCUCCAGCCACUCACUUGGAGCAGUCAUGUUUGAGGUCCUAGAGCAGAGGGCAUUUUCAUGCAGCUUUUUCCUUUGGGAAUGUUUGAGCCUUUGUGUUUUGUUUUUAUACUUUCCAGGACCUGCUUAUGAGCUGGCAUUAAAAUUUGGCUUUGAAUUUAGGAACUCUGAAAUAUAUUACAAAGAUUAUGGGGAAGACUUUUUUGUUUGUUUGUUUUGUUUUGUUUUUUCUUUUUUCUGGCAAAAUGAACAGUUAUUUUUUUCUGCAAAAUGAGCAGUUAUUUUUCAGAUAAUAGAUUAUUGCCACAUUGAUUUCCAAGCUUGCAGGAAGAUGAAGUCACUCUUGACUUGAGACUGCCAGAAUUUUGGUAGUUUGGCUGUGAUGCCUAAUUCAUGUUAUAAAAUAAAUUAGUCUAGAGAUAUAAUGAUUUAUGUUCUUUUUCAUCCUGAACUUAUUAUAUUCGUUUGAGAUGCAUCCAGCAUCCUAUUGAAGAUUUAGCUAUGUCAUCUCUCACCUAGAUUAUUUCAGACAUGAAAUCCCAUCAGCUUUAUUAAAAACCUUUUUGGGCAAUAUCUGUUUGAAGAAAAAAAACCCUUUUAUAAAUCUUUCUGAAGGUAUGGAGCAAAUGGCUUUACUGUUCACCUGGAGUGUUGCUGGGAGCAAUAUUCAGGGACACUAUGCUGAGACCUUGCUCUCCAAAGCUAAGGGCUUUGUGGCCUUGGGGGAGCCACACUGCUGUUCCCAAAGAGUUCUAAUCCUCCAACCCCAUGUAGCAGAUGCUUUCCCUUUCAGUGUUUGUACCAAGGUGCUAAGAAAGAAGAUGAAUUUUGCUGACCCGUUGUUCUGCAGGAUGGUUGUGAAGGAGCCAGCUCUCUGCUGUCUCAGUUGCAGCAGCCCAGGACAGAAAUGUUUACUGUCCCUGGGAUUCCCACCACCCCAACCUGUCCUCCACCCAUCUCUCCAAAAACACCUGGGAGCUUUUCAGGGAUUUUAUUUUUUAUUUUUAUUGCACAGUGGAAAAACAAAAGUUUAGUGAUGGUUACUUCACAGUGGAUUUAGUGUAAUUUCCACCAUCUCUAAAAGCUGCUGCAAUGGGCUGCAUUUGUUGUUUUGCUUCUCAGUUUCCUUGUUUUAAGGUGACUCAUUCUAAAAAUUUUGCAGGAACCCUGAGAUGGAGGUAUGUUCCUCAGACUUAAGCAAGCAGCUAAGGCAAACUGAAAUGUUUUCAUACAAUAUUUUUGCACAUGCACAGGAAUGUAUGACUGCCUUUUAGUCAGAUUUCACAUGGCCAAAAAUUGUCUGUUCGUGCCAUAAUUUUGUUUAGAGCUAUUUUUUAAAAUUAUUUCGUUCAUAGAAUAUUUCUGUGCUGGUUAACAGAACUGGUUUACUCUUUUUGAUGACUUUUAAAGUUGUAGCUAUCACAAGUCUUAAUCUGAAAUUUUUAUAUCAUAUAAAAUAUAAAUAGCUUUUCUGUGUACAUUCUGCCUACCAGUUUGACCCCAUACAUUAGUCUUCAGUAAAAUUUUUUAAGUUUUGGUUUAGUCCUCUAUAUUUAUCUAUUGGACUGUUUUUAUUUGCAGUCCACUAUUAGAGUUUGUGGACUGCAACUUUUGAGUAAAAUUGCCAGAUAAUCUGUUGUUUAUAUGUAUUAACUGUGAUAGCUUUUUACUGCCAAAAGAAAAGAAAAAAGAGCUUAUGACCUCUUCUUUCUCCAUGACUGUUUUACCUAUAAAAACUACAGCUAGAGGGACUUAAACCAACAAACUCCAUUCAUCACAUUCACUGAGAAAUGUAUAAAUGUUGCUUUCUUACAUUAUAGCAUGCAGGGUGAUUUUUUUUGCAAGAGUAAGCUGUGUCAUCUCUGAGGACAAGUAUUUAUCAGGCUACAAUGCUGUUGAUAGUUAUACAGACUCUGUUAAGAUUUUGAUGUGGUUAAUGAGGUUGCAUUUUUUCACAAAACUGGACAUAGAUGUUUUAUCAAUUUCCCUUGAGGUAUGUUUUAUUCCUAAAAAAGUACCUGAAGGGUAAUGGCAUAAUCAGUAAAUCUAACCUCAGAAUAGUGAUUGUUGAUUAAUGUUGAUGUAGAUGAACUUGUGUUAAAGAAAAAAAAAAAAGUUCAAGCAGUGUUUUUUUCCUACUUUAAAAUAGUUUUGAAGGAGCAGAUCUUUAGAUAUUUAUUUUUAAAUCUUUCAUCAUUUAACUUUUUGUAACUGCAUAUAUUAUUCACUCAAGAAUGUAAUCAAUGAUUGCUUUCUAGUCUUCCUUCUAGAUUUUGUUAUCAAUGGCUUUCAAUCGUUUUCCCUUAAUCAGAGGUCUCCUAUAGUAUCCCUGAUCAGAGUAUGUGGUAACUGUGUUUUUACUGCUGACCUUGAUGACAUUGGUGAGAGUCACUGUAUUAUUUCAACUGGAAAAUUAAAGUAAGUGUCCGUGCUGUAA